AUGUCUCCUACCGCCGCUUCCAGUGAUGUUAAGAAGGAGUCAGCCACUGCUCGUCUUCUUGGCUCCGGCUCUGCCGGUAUUGCUGAGUUGAUGAUCUUCCACCCUGUUGACACCACCGCUAAGCGAUUGAUGAGCAACCAGACUCGCAUCGCCGAUGCUGCCACUUUCAAGAAGGUUGUCUUCAAGGAGCACGCCAAUGCUACCAUCGGUCGCAAGUUCACCUCUCUGUUCCCCGGUCUCGGAUACGCUGCUGGUUACAAGGUUCUUCAACGUAUCUACAAGUAUGGUGGUCAACCUUUCGCCCGGGACUAUCUCGCUCAGCACCACGGUGCCGACUUCGAUAAGGCCUUUGGAAAGGGUACCGGAAAGGCCAUCAUGCACGCCACUGCUGGAAGUUUGAUCGGCAUCGGAGAGAUCGUCCUCCUUCCUCUGGACGUCCUCAAGAUUAAGCGUCAGACUAACCCCGAGGCCUUCCGUGGCCGUGGCCUUUUCAAGAUUAUCGCCGAUGAGGGUAUGGGUCUUUACCGUGGUGCUGGCUGGACUGCUGCCCGUAACGCCCCUGGAUCUUUCGCUCUCUUCGGUGGAUCUGCCUUCGCCAAGGAAUGGAUGCAGCUGAGCGAUUACAACAAGGCCACUUGGGGCCAGAACUUCGUUGCCUCCGUUGCCGGUGCCAGUGCCUCUCUGGUCGUUUCCGCUCCCCUCGAUGUCAUCAAGACCCGUAUCCAGAACCGCAACUUCGAGAACCCCGAGUCUGGCAUGAAGAUCAUCUCCAAGAUGAUGAAGAACGAGGGCCCCACCAGUUUCUUUAAGGGCCUGACCCCCAAGCUGCUGAUGACAGGUCCCAAGCUGGUCUUCAGCUUCUGGCUGGCACAGACUUUGAUUCCCGCUUUCGGUCAAGUUGUAUAG